AAAGUAUCUCCAACACUAUAUGUUGAAAUGUCAGCUGUUUGGGUGUGGCAAGUCUGAGAAAAUAUCAAAAGUGCAACCGUCAACUAAAUAAGGUGUUUUUCUCUUCUAGUUGUUAAUCUUUCUUCAUUAAUAAGUGACACUAGGCAGUUUUCAAUUGUAUUAAACCCCGUCAAAAGGAAUAAAACAGAUAAACUGUGUCAUAAAACGAAGAAGAAAUGUCAAGAUCGACUGGUUUCACUUCUAGUUUUUAAUCUGUCUUCAUUAAUAAGUGACACAAGGCAGUCUCUAAUUGUAUUAUCUCGUCAAAAGGAAUAAAACAGUUAAACUGUGUCAUAAAACGAAAGAAGAAAUGUCAAGAUCCACUUCGUCAGACCUCGCCAAGGGGAGAAAAUUGUUGUAAAUCUUAAUUCAUCGAGACACUUUAAGGCAGUCGUCACUUUUAAGUUACCCUGUCAAAAGAAAUUGAAGAAUAACAACCAGAAAUAAAAACAAAUCAAAUUUGGAUCAUAACAAGGCGAAUAAAUGUCGAGAUCGGGUGCGUCAUCGGACCUCGCCAAGGGGAAAAAAUUCACCAAGCAAUUGCUGUACGUACAACUUGUCGAUAAAGAAAAGGACACGGCCAGUACAUUCUCCGAGCAAUCCCUUGACGAAUAUUUCCUAAACAACAGAAAAAUAUUUUCAGACUUGAGUAAUCCUAAAGCAAAUGUCGACAUUCUGAAAUCAUCUUUACAAGAUGAGAUAGUUUUCGGCGCGGCUGUCAACACCAAUCCACUUCCAGCAAUCCGUAAAACGGCUGUCACCAUUCACGCUUUCGUCGUGUUUCAAACGGAAAACUUGAAGACGAACGAUCGGAUGUGGUACUCCAUGGAAAAGAACGGGCAGUACAUAGUUCUGCAGCAAUCACCAAACUUAGGUGACGUCAUGUAUAAAUUAUAUGACCCCGUAGAGAAGAAACUUGUCAAAAGACUUGGGCCGGUGAAACGAGAAUGUUUUGCUAGAGGCAAUGGAAAGGAACUUGAAUAUUUAAUACGAGCCAUUUGGAAAACCAAACAACUCAGCACUAAAUAUAACCUUCUAUUUUCAAACUGCCAAAACUUUGCUGAAUUUGUCUUUAAAGAGGCAAGUUUUGGGGGAAACAAGUGGUCGACGUGGAUUAGUUCCUUCGUCAACCGAAUUGGGUUGAGUCAUAAGAAAAGCCAAACCGAAAUCGAAGCGGAUACACUCAAAUACAUUUGGAUUAAAAAAGACGCCAAAUUUGCCUAUUACAAAGCCAUGGCAGAGGGAAGGAGACAGAACUUUGAAGACCUUGCCAGUAACCUGACGAUCGAAUCUUUAAACAGCGUCGAUUCCCAAGGCUACACGUUACUCGAAUGGGCCACUGUUUUCUCCACGUCCGAUUGGCCAAUCGACCAGUUUUUAAAGGAAAAAGGCGCCGAAAUUCAAACAGACAAAAAACUGUUUCGCCGAAAUAUGUUUUUCAUAGCCCUGCAAUAUCUUCCUUCGAAAAAAGAAUCUCGGUACUUGUCGUUUGACGGGAUUGAUAUUCGUGGCGUGAACCAAACGGGUGACACAGCAUUGCACUUGGCUUUGUACGGAAAGAAAUGGAACGUGGCCGAAAAGAUUCUCGAUCAAUUUCCAGAUUACGACGUCAACGUCACCAAUUCUGAGGGGUGCACAGCGCUUCAUCUAGCUGUUCACCCUAAAUGUAAAAUGGACUUGUUCAAAAAGAUUUUAGCUCGAACCAAUUCGGAAAGCGUCAACGCACAAGACGAAUACGCAAACACUGCUCUUCUUUAUGCAAUUGUAAACCAGUCGGAAAUUGCCGUAAAAGAACUGCUCAAACGAGAUGACGUGGACGUGAACCUCAACAACAACGACAACCACACGGCACUCCAUUUCGCUGUUGUGUGGAAAAAUAUGCCAAUUGAUUUGUUCAGAUUAAUCCUAGGAAAAUCAACCGACGUCAACGCACAAGAAAAAGAUGGAUGGAUUGCUCUUCACGCUGCAAUUAAAGGAGAAAACAGAACUGCGGUGGAGGAACUGCUCAAAUGCAAGGACGUGGACGUGAACCUAAGAAACAACUACAACCAUACAGCACUACAUUUAGCUUCUAGGUGGCAGAAUAUUCCAGUUGAAUUGUUCAGAGUAAUUCUAGAAAAAACAACCGACGUCAACGCACAAGAAAAAGAUGGAUGGACUCCUCUUCAUUGUGCAAUGAGGUUCGAGUCGGAAACUGCAAUAAAGGAGCUGCUCAAACGAGAUGACGUGGACGUGAACCUCAAAAACAAAAACAACCAAACAGCACUACAUUGCGCUGCUAAGUGGAAGAGUAUGCCAAUUGAAUUGUUCACAAAAAUAUUAGAAAAAUCGACAGAUGAUGGUAUUGCAGAAGGCGUAUUAAGACUGCACUCGGCAAUUCUUUCCGAGUCCAAAAAAAUCGCGAUAAGGAAACGGCGUGAACGCAAGGACGUGGACGUGAACCAAAUGAAUAACAACAACAUUUCUUUUUUCUUUCUUCCACUUUUCGUUUUGUUUUCUCUCCUCCUCAUUCACUUUAUUUUUGUUUAUAGUGGUUAGAAACCAAUCGCCUUGUCCCAGCUUUCAAGGGCAUGAGAAAGCACAAUCUAUUGUCUUCUUCCAUAUAGGUCUAUUCUACGCUUUGACAUCAGUUUCUUCCCUCUUCAACGCACUCUGUCGCUCCGUAAGCUCACCGUCUUGUACUACUCCCGCCAGUUGACUAGUAAUGCACCAUUAGUCAUUUGCUCCAAGGUGCCUUGUCUUUACUACUUGAGAGCCGUGCCACACACGCGCACUGCAUUCGAUUUAUGUUCCUAGUGGAAAGAUUUUCCAGGGGUGUGUCAUGUGAAGAAUCCGGAUUCAUAUUCUUCCCAUAUAAGGAUACACGCAAAAUUUAGUUCAAACGGAUUGCCGAUAGAGGGCAAAUGUCACGUGUAUUCUUAUGGGAAAAAUAUAAAUCUGGAUUCUUCACUUGACGCACCCCUGGAACAUCUUUUGAAGAUCAUUCAAGAUAAAACAGCUGAUGAGUGAUGACAAUAAGCACAAAGCAAAGCCAAAUAAACCUCCCAGCAAAUAAAGCAUUUAGAUUAAUAGGAUUAGAAAACGAAUAUGUUUUAUACCUUUUAUGAGUGAGCAUUUAGCUAUGAGCAUGCCAUUUACUCCCUCUGUUUUCCUAUUGACAUAAACAUUUUCAAUAUCAAUUUAUUUCGAUGUGAUACACAUUGUUAUCAACU